CUCGCACAUUCCUUUUAUGCUCGGCCGCUCCCUCGCCCGCGCCGUGCGCCCGCGCCUGUCCCGAGGCCUCGCCACCGGUGAGACCUACGACAUGGUCGUCAUCGGCGGCGGCCCGGGCGGCUACCCGACCGCCAUCAAGGCGGGCCAACUUGGCAUGAAAGUCGCCUGCAUAGAGAUGCGAGGACGGCUGGGCGGCACGUGCCUCAAUGUGGGGUGCAUCCCGUCCAAGGCGCUGCUGCACUCCUCGCACCUGUAUGAGGAGGCAGCGAAAGGGUGGGGUCCGCACGGCAUCUCCGCCGACAACGUCAAGAUGGACCUUGACAAGCUGAUGAAGCACAAAGCGAAGACGGUGACGGGUCUGACUGGCGGCAUUGAGGGUCUCUUCAAGAAGUACAAGGUCGACUACUUCAAGGGGAAGGGAGAGAUCACCGCGCCGGGCUCGGUCGCCAUGCACCCGAUGGAGGGCGGCCCCGCGCAGACGCUGUCCACGAAGAACAUCGUCAUCGCGACGGGCUCCGUGCCGGCCGGUGUGCCUGGGGCGACGGUGACGGUGGACAACGACGCCAAGGUGAUCGUCGACUCGACAGGCUGCCUCGACCUUGAGAAGAUCCCGGAGAAGCUCAUUGUCAUCGGCGCCGGCGUCAUCGGCCUCGAGAUGGGCUCCGUGUGGCGGCGGCUCGGCACCGAGGUGACCGUCGUCGAGUACCUCGACCGCAUCACGCCCGGCAUCGACGACGAGAUCGCAAAGAAGUUCAAGCAGAUCCUCGAGAAGCAGGGCAUGAAGUUCAAGAUGGGCUACGCCGUCAAGUCGGCCACCAACGAGGGCGGCAAGGGCAAGCUGGUGAUGGACCCGGUCGGCGGCGGAGCGACUGAGACGCUCGAGGCUGACGUGAUCCUCUCCGCGACCGGCCGCGUGCCGUACACGGAGGGGCUCGGCGCCGAGAACGUUGGCGUCAAGCUGGGGGCUCGCGGCAUGGUCGAGAUCGACGACCACUUCGCCACCAACGUGCCGGGCAUCUACGCGAUCGGCGACGCCGUGCGCGGCGCCAUGCUUGCGCACAAGGCCGAGGAGGAGGGCAUCGCCAUCGCGGAGCAGCUGGCGGGCCUGGGCGGGCACGUCAACUACGACGCGAUCCCGGGCGUCAUCUACACGCACCCGGAGGUUGCGUCUGUGGGCAAGACGGAGGAGCAGCUCAAGGGGGAGGGGGUCGCCUACAAAGUGGGCACGUUCCCCUUCAUGGCCAACUCGCGCGCGCGCGCCAUGGCGGACGCCGACGGUCUCGUCAAGUUCCUGAUCCAAGAUGGCGGCGCUCACGACGGUAUGGUGCUCGGCAUCCACAUCAUCGCCUCCAACGCGGGCGAGAUGAUCGCCGAGGGCGUGCUCGCGAUGGAGUACGGCGCCUCCGCCGAGGACAUCGGCCGCACUUGCCACGCUCACCCGACCAUGUCCGAGGCGUUCAAGGAGGCCGCCAUGUCGGCCUACGGCAAGCCCAUCCACUUCUAAGCUGCUCCGUCUACACACUACCACAGCGUUCGAGCCAACACCGCGCACAGCCGGGCUGGCUGUGCGCGCGCCGAGGGAGGGAAAGAGAGGGGAGGUGGUGCGGGGAAGAGAGCCUCUAUGCGCGAUGCGAUGUUGAGAUGCACCAUCCUUCUGCUUUCACCCGUGUGCGGGGCGCGCGCAGCGCAACCGCCCCCGCUCGCCCCCGCCCCCAGGGCCCCGGCCCCGCUGCUCGCACCCCCCUCUCUCGACACUAUAGUCGUCUAUAUACUUGAUUGCGGGUCGAGGUGCUCAAGCUCACACUGUGCUCAAGCCUCAAGAAA